CUCGCUCAUAGACUGCUGGAGAUAGGCACCGGCUUCCCCUUAUGGAAGAAGUGGUAUAAAAAAUGACUGACAUUUCAUAAAAUAUAUAUAUUUUUUGUAUCUGCUCGAUAAUAUACUUAAAAUGCAGGAUUUUGAUGUAACGUUUAUUGAACUGUCUAUUUGUAGAAAAGAAAUCUGUUAAUCAGUGUUAAAGGUCUCACAUGAUCGUCUUUUUAAAAGAUAUGAUUUCCCAAAUUUUGGGGUUUGAUUGUUUUUGUUUUUUUAUACACUUAGCUACUCUAAUUAGUAAAUGGGGUUCUACUUCCAAAAAAACUACGUGUAAAAAUGUGUUUGUAACUCGGAAGUCUCCUCACACUGCUCUUCAAAACAAUUAUAGCAGAUUAACCUAGUGUAGCAAUCUGGUUCGCGUCAAAUUUGAAUUCUCGCUUUACUCUUAGUGUUGAAAAUUAUUUCCGAGUUUUGAAAUCCUGCAGCUGGAUGGUCUCACAAACCAUACGUCAUCACUAUAUCAAUACCUGGAGCUGUGACACAGGCUUGCGUUUAUGUAGGACUGUGAGUACCUCAGCGACGGGCUGACUUCAACCCCCCUCUCCUCUUCUUUUCUCUUUGUAAACGAAUGGAAACGACAAUAUGACGCCUUAAUCCCACCUUAAAGCACUUGAUGAAAGGGUUUUUGAUUUGGAAAUGAUCAAUCUAUAGAAAGAUAUAGAUUUUGAUAGAUUGUUUUUUCACUGUAGUGUUUUAGCACAGUAAGUCAGAUAUGAUGGGAUCUCAUUUGGUUAAUUUGGGCUGUUAGCAGAGCAGUGCACAAGAGUGUUAUAACUGUUUGCCAUUUCAUUAACAGGUUGUGUGGCAUGAAAACUAUGCACAAAGCAGGCUGGUGUUCCCUCAGAGUCUUCACUGAGCUGAAAGGCACACACCACCUAGCUAAGACUAGAUAACCCUAACCCUUUCAACGACAUCAUGUCAGCUGACAUUGAGCCAGAUCCCAAAAUGCUUGUGAACCCUCCGCCUCCUGAGGUGACCAAUCUCAACAAGCCCGGCCGACAGACCAACCAGCUGCAGUACUUGCAGAAAGUGGUGGUCAAAGCUCUGUGGCGGCACCAGUUCGCUUGGCCUUUCUACCAACCUGUUGAUGCAGUCAGUCUUGGGCUACCAGACUAUCAUAAGAUAAUAACAACUCCCAUGGACUUGGGCACCAUCAAGAAAAGGCUAGAAAACAACUACUAUUGGAGUUCGACUGAAUGCCUGCAGGACUUCAACACCAUGUUCACCAACUGUUACAUAUAUAACAAGCCUACAGAUGACAUCGUGCUGAUGGCUCUUGCCUUGGAGAAGAUUUUCUUGCAGAAGAUUGCCUAUAUGCCUCCGAAAGAGGAGGAGAUUAUCAAAGGGAAAAGCAAAAAAACUACCACUUCAGAACCGGGAGGUCUGAGAGAACAGCUGAAUUACUGCAGCGACAUCCUAAAUGAAAUGCUGUCGAAGAAACAUUCAGCCUAUGCCUGGCCGUUCUACGAGCCUGUUGACGCUAAAGCUCUGGGGCUACAUGACUACCACGACAUCAUCAAAUACCCAAUGGAUCUUGGCACUGUGAAGAAAAAGAUGGAUGGAGGAGAGUACCAAGAUGUGCAGCAAUUCGCUGCGGAUGUCCGCUUAGUUUUUUCCAACUGCUACAAGUACAACCCCUCUCAUCACGGAGUCAUUGGCAUGGCCAGAAAGCUUCAUGGAGUUUUCGAGCAGAGGUUUGCAAAGAUGCCAGACGAGCACACGGAGGUUAUCCCUCCAGUUGGCGCCAUCAGCAGUUCGUCUAGUGUGGACAGAUACGAGUCUGCUGAGGAACAGGCCCCCCAGCUUGCUGAGGCACAAGAGCAGCUAAAGUCUGUUAAUGAACAGCCUGCAGCCCUUUCUCAAGCCCCUCUGAGUCAGCCAACACUGAGGAAGGAGACUGACAAUGUAGAACAUGGCAGAGACGUCCCUAAACAUGCUUCCAACUCCACCAUUAGGGGUCCGUUGAAAGGGAACAAAGAUCGGGGUUCAGGUGAUAAAUCCUUGCCGAUGACAUUUGAGGAAAAACAUCAGCUGAGUCUCGACAUUAACCGGCUUCCCGGCGUGAAGCUGGCCCGCCUGGUGAAAAUCAUUCAAACACGGGAACCCACCACAUGCAACACUAACCUGGAUGAGAUUGAGAUCGACUUUGACGUACUGAAGUUGUCCACUCUGCGGGAGCUCCAGCGAUAUGUCAGAUCUUGCCUGUUCAAGAAAUUCAAAAGAUACCAAAAGAAGACCAGCCAAAGUGCCUCUCAAUGCAUCAGCACUAACAGCAGUUUAUCAUAUUCUCCCACCCACACCUCCACUGACUCCAGUUCAGAAGACACUGACUCAUAAUCUUUGUUGUUCUACAUUUUAAUUUCUUGUUCUGUUGACCAAACAUUGUUACAUGUUCACUGUAUUUAUUUUUCUAUCUUGUUCUGUAUGUAUUUUAUAUGUUGAAAAUAAACCUUUGUAGUUUUUUGUA